AAUGCCCUCCAAGGACCACGGCGACCACGACAACUACGUCAGAUCGGGCUUCGCGGGGAAGAUAGGAUGGGGAAGCAGGCCCGCGCUGCUGCUUAUUGACGUCUGCAAUGCUUACUGGAAGAAAGAUUCGCCGUUGGAUACCAGCUCAAAUCCAGCCUCGGCAGCCGCACCUGCCUCGAUCGCGAAGCUUGUCGCUGCUGCACGUGAAGGAAAGGUACCGUUGGUCUGGACUCGCGUCGAAUACACCGAGCCAGACAUGUCGGAUGCAGGUGUCUUCUUCUGCAAGGCGCCUCUCUUGACAGUGUUCCAAAAGGGCAACGAGACAGGACUCGAGAGUUGGGUUCCAGGAUUAGAGCCACAAGAAGGAGAGGUCAUUAUCACCAAGCGCUAUCCCAGCGCUUUCUUUGCCACAGACCUCAACACCCGGCUCCAACUUAAAGGCAUUGACACGCUGGUCAUCUGCGGUGUCAGUACGAGUGGAUGUGUGCGUGCGAGCACUUUGGACGCCUUGUGCUUAGGCUAUCGGCCGAUGAUCGUUGGCGAGGCAUGUGGUGACCGAUCGCCUGCUGUACACGACGCGAAUAUGUUUGACAUGAACGCGAAGAUGGCUGACGUAGUGUCAGAAAGCGAAGCAAUUAGCAAACUGAAGGCUGGAUGGGCAUGAGCGGCGCAUGUGUUGACAAUCAGCAGAUUCUAUCAACACUUAGUAUCAAGUCGUAUUUACUAAAAGUUUGAGUUUGAGUUGAUACAUUUGGGUCGCCUUCUGAACUUCUUCCAACCUCUUUCAUGCUAAGCCCUCGAUCUCUUAUUGGUUGUACAACUGUUCUAUCUCUCUUUCGUACAUCUCUUCACUUCGUUUCCUUAUCACACCACCUUUCACGUUCCGCGGUAGUCUUUUCUCGGUUGUCGCAAAUAGAAUCAUAUCUUUCAGG